UGAGAGUGCGUGUUCAAAUAGAUAGUUCUCUAGCUCAUAUACAGCUGAAUAGCGGUACAAACAUAAGUAGGAUAUUGCUCUGUUUGCUGUGUUACGUUCAAUAAAGAGGAGUUAUCACAACGCAUGAGAGCUACAAAGCUGAGCGGGCUAUGGACGAAUUCCCGUUUGUCGCAGCUUGCAGAGACGACGACGUCGCGGCGCUUGUCAGAUUGCUGAGCAGCGAAUAUUUGACUCCGUACACACUCAAUCAAACUGAUAAAACAGGCAGGACUGGCUUGAGCCAUGCUAGCGAGCAAGGGUUCAUGGACAUAUUGCGACCCCUAGGCAGCUUGGAAGGGAUGGAUGUCAAUAUCCCCGAUAACGAGGGAAAUACACCCCUGAUCUUCGCAGCAGAGGCAGGUCAGCCGGAAGCCGUCAAGUUUUUAAUUCAAAAUUUUCCGGAUAUCAAUAUUGACCAAGAGAACGAGAAUGGUUUAACUGCGCUCAUCAAGGCCGCCAUUCAAGGGCAAAGCCAGACUGCAAGUCUUCUCUUGGAAGCAGGUGCAUCGGUUCUUCACAAAGACAAAAUGCGAGGGAUGAACGCCCAAGAAUGGGCGCUUUAUUGUGGCCGAAAAGACUGUGCGGACAGUAUAGCAAAGUUCCUAAAAACUAAAAAGACGUGGUUCAAAAAACAUGGAACGCCACCAUGUAUAAGACAAAAACAGCAGCACCGACAAUCAAUCAGCGAACCAGACCUAAUUUAUGCAGUAAAGAACAAUGAUCGCGGAUUGAAAGUCAACUUCCAGCAAACUUUCAGGAGAAUAUUCAGUCGUUGUACGGGAAACAAGAAACGGGAACUAACCCCGAAUAAACAAGCAUUCCAGCCACUCGUGCAGGCGGCGCGUUGCGCUUCAUCUCCACUUCUCCCAGAUAUUGUGAGUCCGCCUAACUCACCAAUGAUCUUUAAGAGAGAAUGCGUCAAUCAAAGACCAAUAAUGAUUGUUCCCAAGGUGAACAUUUCGCCUUAAUGUUAUCUUUACAUAUAUAUUUUACACACAACAUCAUAAAUGGAUUUUCACUGAAACAAAAUAGGAGUGCUGGCUAGAAAAUGUUGAAUGCCCAAUUUUGCUACAGGGCGGGAGAAUCACUAAAUACCAAUCGAUAUUUUAACAAUGCGGUAAUUUAUGGUACACUUCAUUGCCUCUAAUAUGGUAUCUAGUCAAAGAUUCCGAAUUGAGAGAGAGAGUCGUUUAUUUCCACAAAACAACGCUGAGAUAUUACUGAGAUGUUCAAAGGGAAAUAGAAGAGUUUAAAUCAACACUGAUUCUACAAUACAUUACGUUUGUGCUGUGGCCUUUUUUUUAUUUGUAUUUUAAAUGUCAAGUCCUUUGUGCGUUCUCAGUUGACGGAGCAUUGCACGGCGACGGAAAUAAAUCAGAGGGAUAACCUCCAUGUCGUGAUCCUGAAUCUCAACGUGAGGUCAAUUAAUGUCCAGGGACAAAUGUGCCAGUAUAAUUGAUCUCCGGCAGAGGUUACUUGGCCGUAUUAUACAUACACUUUUACGACUGGGCAGCAGAACUGUCAGAUGGACAGGCAAUGUGAUUGGAAUUCAUGAAACAAAUCUGCACCAAAGAUAUGACUCUUACGUAGGGCAUUUUUUUUAUAUGCGUGAACCACUGGAGCACCUAACUAGACAAUACAUUGCUUUUCUCGGCAACGCGACUACCUUCUUGGCUGGCAUUUUUUAAAUUACUAGAUAACAAAUUGGAAGCUGUGGGGGGCAUUACAAAGUUGUCAGUUUUCAACACGAACACAUUCAUAAAACUUCAAUUCAUUUAUUUAUAUGUUGUAUAUUUAAGUAGCAUGUCGUAACUUCUUUUAAAUAUAAACUUGUUAUAAUCUAUAAAGAUCAUGUGUGAGAUUCAAGAUUUGGCAUAUUCUUCUCUAUUCUGGAUUAAGAUCAUCUGUCAUUCAUCUGUUAAAACCAUUCUUUAAUACAUUAAAAUGUGAUGUUCAAAGUAUUUGUGACAUACCUUUACAAUAAAACACCUUGCAAAAUUGUGUGUUGUGUCACAUAAAAAAGACGGUUGUAUGUAAUGUGAAAAGAUGAAAAAAUUACACAAUUCACAUUUGGAUCGAAAUCUAUCCACUAUACCUUGCUCUAUUACUCUUUCAUAAGUUAAAACUUUAUUCAGCAGCAACCAGGCAGGUAAAUUUGGAAAUCAAAGUUCCAAGUUAAAAUAUCAGGUAAAUAAUGCCUGGAGUGUUUGAUUACACCUGAUAAAAUAUCUUAAACUAAAAAAAAA